AUGUCUAAUGAAGUGACGCUUUUGUCCACAAAUGAGAGUUUCUUGGCGCCAAGCAAAUCCGCUGCAAAAUCUGCGCCUCUCCGCCUCACGGCCUCAUCUGCGUUGGCAAACGGUUCAUCGUUUCCUCUUAGCUCCGCGAGCCUUCUGCCUUCUCUGGCUCUGUCCAGUACCGGUCCUAGUCCAAUGUUAAUGCUGGUAGACUGCUUAAGAAAUGGCAUGCUCACUAGUCACUACAGAGGUGUUAGUUGCUUGGUAUUCUCGGAUGAUGGCUCCCUGCUGAUUUCGGGGUCGGAAGAUGGAGAUUAUUUGAUGAUAAUCGAAGUCAACAGGAAAGCAACCUGUGCAUGCAUAACUUUACGGAGCACACUCUAUUUAACAGUUGUUGUCGUAGGAUAUGGUGGAUGCAAAGCCAUUAUCGUGUCAGCAUCUCAGGAUCGCACGUGUUUGGAGCGUAGGAAGUGGGAGAUUGUUGAGAAAUAUUGCUUUCCUACUAUGAUUGAUGCGGUUGCACUGGAUCCUGGUGAAAAUGUCUUCUUUGCCGGUGGUAGAGAUGUCAAGAUAUACGUUGCUGCACUUAAUGCUAGAGCCCACUUAACAGCAAGUAUGGGUUCCAUAUCAUCGAUUGUUUCUCGAAUCACAGUAUAA